GUUGAGAGUCGAUGUUUUUAUACCACAGAGUGAUAGUCAUUUCAGGCUGCGCUUACAAUGCCUGCCUGGACAAUUAUUUCGCCACGCGAGCGAGACUUUGGCCAUCCCAUGCGCAUGAAGAUAUUCCGGAUCAUGAAAAUGGUCUAUCGCAUAUUAGACCCUCCCAACGAGCCCUCCACAAUAACUGAAAACCACCCGUCCUAUCAAGUGUUAUUAUCCAUUUUCGUCUCUCCACGGAGUCUGUCACACGCUUUGCUCUCCUACUCCAUGACAUGCAGAUUGAAGACAAGGUGUAUGAUGUGCGCAUUCCAGUCCCUGGCGAGCUUGUGCCUGAUAUGAAGGAUAUCUAUGAUUUUGUUGUCGCGAGGUCGCAGAAAUUGAUCAUAUCUUCUCGUGACUCAGACUAUUGGGCGGAGUGUGACCUUGCACGUAAGGUAUCGAAGCAGCUGCAUGUGCAGAAAUAUUGCGAACGCCUUCUACAACAGGAGGGUGAUGGUACCGUAGACAUUGCCGGUUUACGAUCAGACACUUCGCGGUGUCCGAUAUGUGAUUCAAGUCUUAUUCACUGCAAUAGCUGUCAGGUCGCAUCGUGCGAAUCGCACGACUGUCGUGGAUUUUCUGAUUCUCCUUUUGCGCGGUGCGUCAAACACAAAAUGGAGGUGCUAUGUUUUCCAUGCCUCCAAGGACAGGGGUCCAAGCGGGAGCUAGAAAAGUGUCCUGGAUGCAACUCUUGGUGCUGCGCGAGGGACUUAUCCUCGUGUACCGGUCACCCACUCAAUAUACCGCCCAUGCCUUGCGUCAACAACAAGUUCAUUGCUCCUGGUUUGAUUACGGCUUAUGCUGAAUCUGCGCGUGCUCACCCUCCUAAGCGCGGUUCCUGCAUGGAAUGCAAACUGCCCGGCUGGCGUAGCUGCCGAAACAAGCUAUGCUGGUCCCAUUCGAUCUGCCCAGAGUGCACGAGUGGCGGUCUGACAUGUAUGUGUGGGGAAGUGUGGGCAUGCGACCUCUGUGCGGAGCACGAUCCUAGCGUAUUCAUCCGCUGCCCGCGUUGUCGCCGGCUGUUCUGUUACAGUUGCUGCUACAUCGACGACUGCGUCCUGUGCAACGGCUCGAACCUCUGUUACGACUGCGCCGAAGAAGUUUCAGAAACGGACGACAAGGAACUAGAGGAGAUGCCUGUUAAACUUGUGGCGUCGUGUGGGAGUUGUGAAGUAAAGAUGUGCGAUCUCUGUGAGUCGCAUCUGGCGGUUUCAUGUGCGGUGUGCUCGAAUCGGCUUUGUACGCCGUGUGUGAGGGAUGCCGAAUGCUUGUGCAACCGUGUGCUAUGCGAUGGUUGUGUUACAGAUCACGGGUGCGGCUUGUGCUCCCAGAGGCAUAGGGACGACAGCGAUGGAUCUUGACGUAUACUGGAAGAGCAAAUUUUGAAAGACACUGCCAUAUUGAUAUGUACGAACCCAAAGCGUUGCAUAGGAGAUCUGUGCUUGGUUUUACGUACCCAAUGGCAUGAGAGUUAAUUUUUGAAUGCUGGUGCCUAAGUGAGUAUCAAGGCUCUCUCAAUAUUUGGACGCUGGACUGGACGUGACCGGGAACCUCCAGGGAAACCUGUCUACAAUUUG